AUGUUUAAAAAGAAUAAGAAACAGGGUGAUUACGCCAUCAUUCCCGGAUGGGAGGAUGAGCCAUAUGCAUCCAUUGCCAGUGAAUGGGCCCGUUCAGCUGGUAAAUGUGAUCCUGAAUGUGAAAAAAGUGAAAUUGACAUGCCUACUAACCUUCUUGCUUGUCUGAAAAAGUUUCCAAAAGAUAAGUGGCAGAAAAGAGUGAGGCAGGCUCCAGUGAUUGACUUUUCAGUAAAAGACCAUAGACCCCAUGUAAAAGUUGAAAUUUACUGGAAAAAUAAAAAUGUUGAAAGGGUUACUGCCCUUGUGGACACUGGAGCCGAAGCCACUUUAAUUCAUGGUAACCCUAAGAAAUUUGCUGGAUUACCCUAUGUAAUCACAGGUCUGGGAGGUAAGAGGACAGAAGCAGUCCAGACCUGGGUAGAACUGAAAAUUGGACAGUUGCCAAAAAAGAAGUAUUCGGUUUUAAUUGUCCCCAUACCCGAAUACAUAAUUGGAAUUGACAUCCUUAAAGGAUUGACCUUACAUGUGGGGGAUGGCUGUUACAGUUUUGGAACUAAACCCUAUAUAUCAGCCAAACCAGUGGUGGUAGGAAAAUUGUUAAUGCCCCCAGUGCAACUACCACCCGCUACUAAAGUAGUACAUAUUAAGCAGUACAGGAUCCCAGGAGGCCACAAAGAAAUUGGAGAAACCAUAGACGACUUAUUAAAAGCUGGGGUCCUACGAGGGGUCACUACUGCUUGGAACAAUCCCGUGUGGCCAAUACGUAAAACAGACCAUACAUGGAGAAUGACGGUAGACUACAGAGAAUUGAACAAACACACACCUCCACUGACUGCUGCUGUCCCAGACACCGUCACUCUUAUAGAAAAUAUACAGAAGCAUCCAGGGAUCUGGUAUGCAGUUAUAGAUUUGGCUAAUGCCUUCUUCACUAUUCCAAUAGCUGAAGAAAAUCAAGAGCAGUUUGCUUUUACAUGGUUAGGGAGGCAAUACACAUUCACCAGGUUGCCACAGGGAUACUUGCAUAGUCCCACCAUCUGUCAUCGGCUGGUGGCAGAACAUCUUGAUGGGGUAAAAAUACCGUCAAAGGUGAAAAUAUCCCAUUAUAUAGAUGACAUUAUGAUGCAGAUUCUUGAAGAGAUCAUGGAGCACAUGAAGAGCAAAGGGUGGGAGAUAAAUCCCAGUAAAAUACAGGGACCCGCUCAAACAGUAAAAUUCUUAGGAAUACAGUGGAACAAAGGACACCGAGAAAUCCUUCCAAAAGCUAAGCAAAAAGUGCUAGAGUUUCAAACUCCCAAAAGCAAGAAACAAGCUCAAAGCUUUAUAGGUCUCUUUGGUUUCUGGAGACAACACAUACCACACCUGAGUCAGUUACUCUCCCCUUUGUACAAAGUAACCAGGAAAAAACAUGAUUUUGAAUGGGGAGAUGAACAACAGAAUGCAUUUGAGGGAGCUAAACAGGCUAUCCAACAAGCCCUUGAUCUAUGGCCCAUACAAGAUGGAGACAUAGACUUAAAUGUAUCAGUAAAUCAGCAAUGGGCUAAUUGGAGCCUUUGGCAGAAACAAGGAAGGACUAAGGUUCCCCUUGGUUUCUGGACAAGGAAGUUACCUGAGGCAGGAGAGAGGUAUCCCUUUGAGAGACAGCUCUUGGCCUGUUAUUGGGCCUUGGUAGAUACUGAACAGAUGACAGUAGGACAUACUGUGUUCUUACGCCCAGAGAUACCUAUCAUGCAAUGGGUACUUAGUUCCCCUAAGACACAUAGGAUAGGUCAUGCACAAGAGUCCAGUAUCAUAAAAUGGAAGUGGUACAUACAGGAUAGAGCUAAAACAGGAAAUAGUGGUACGGCUGUACUACAUGAGAAAAUUGCAGAUGCACCGAUACAAGAACCUGGUUAUCUGCCAGACGCAGACAAGCCAGGGGAAUCUCCAGUAAAGUGGGGAAAGUCUUUUGCGCAACUAACACAAGAUCAAGCAAAGCAUGCUUGGUUUACUGAUGGUUCAGCAAAAUACAUUGGUAAUGAAAGACAAUGGAAAGCAGUGUCUUACAAUCCAGAAACCAAGAAAAUUCUGACUACAACAGGAACAGGAAAUAGUAGCCAGUAUGCAGAGUUAUAUGCAGUGUUUCAGGCUUUGAAACAAGAGAUGCCUGGAAGUUGUCAUAUAUACACAGAUUCCUGGUCUGUUGCCAAUGGACUGGCCACGUGGUUGCCUACAUGGCAGUCACAUCAGUUCAUGAUUCAUACAAAGGAAGUCUGGGGAAAAGAUUUGUGGGAGCAGAUAUGGGAGAUGGUACAUCAAAAUGAGGUAACAGUCUUUCAUGUUGAUGCUCACUGCAAUACUGACUCAUUGGAUCGUCUGUUUAACUCUGUUGCAGACGAGAAAGCCAAGAUCUCAGAGGCGUCUGUUGAAAAUUCUAACUCACUUUUGGGAUUGGCUACUUGGGCCCAUCAGAAAUGUGGACACUUGGGAGAGAAAGCCACUCACAGGCGAAGCUCAUUGGUCCGGCUGUUAUUGUGAUGACUGUGCUUACUCUACACCCUUUGGUCGACUCAGAUACCAACAAUGAGAUUGGAGAUUGGGACCAGAGUGAUUCCGCAGAGAUGAGAUGGAAAAAGAUCGAAAUAAGAGUAACCUGCCUGACCAUUAACUGUCCAAACAUGAGAGCGAACCUCUAUGGAGAAGGCUAUUUUAGCCACAAUGAAACUGAGUCAAUGACCUAUAUUAAGUUGCCAAAUGAAUCAUUUGAUUUGUUAACGUUAGAAUCUACAACGCCCUUUGGCUGCCGCAUACUGUAUACACCUGUAAGCUCUAAGAGCUUACCCAAUGUUGGGAAAGAUAUGCAAAUCAGCAGAGCACAAAGAGA